AUGCCGCCUAAAGAAACGAAGGUGAUCAUUGCGGGGGGAAGCAUCGCUGGUUUAUCUCUAGCAUUGAUGCUGGAGAAGAACGGGGUUGACUUUCUGGUAUUGGAGGCCUAUCGCGACAUUGCGCCUCAAGUCGGAGCAAGUAUUGGUGUUCUGCCCAAUGGUCUUCGAAUUCUUGAUCAACUAGGUUGCUACGAAAAAGUUCUCGCCGAAGCUGAGUUUCCGGUGGAGAAGGUGUUCUUUCGCGAUUCGAAUGGAAAGCCGUUCUGGUCCUUUGAGGAUUUCAAUGAAAGAAUCUCUGAAAGACAUGGUUAUCCAUGCGUAUUUUUCGACCGGCGCAUGUUGAUUCAAAUCCUGUAUGAUAAGAUUCAACAAAAGAACAAGAUCCUGACUUCUGAGAGAGUGGUUACUGUGACAAAUCACCUGACUCAUGCGGCGGUUACUACGCAAUCUGGAAAGGAAUUCACGGGAACAUUCGUUGUUGGAGCAGAUGGAAUUCAUUCAGCUGUUCGCCAGCAGAUGUGGAAGAGCGCGCAAAAGUUAGAUCCAACAUGGAUCGAUCCGUCCGAGCAAGAUGCCCUUCCAGCAACAUACGCUUGCAUCUUCGGUAUAUCGGAAGGGGGUCCAGGCGUUGAAAAGGGAACCAUGAGCUCAGUUUUCAACGAGCAUUUCUCUUACCUGGUUCCAAGUGGCCCGGGAGACAGGACUUACUGGUUCCUAGUGAGAAACAUGGGCAAAACGCUCCAUGGCUCUGAGAUCCCGCGUUACACGAAAGAAGAGGAGGAAAAGCUUGCCAAAGAGCACUGGGACGACUACAUCACCCCGACAUUGCAGUUCUCAGACUUGUACAAGCACAAGAUAAGUUCUGUGUAUACAGCUCUGCCAGAGUAUGUUUACAAGAAAUGGUAUUUUCAAAGAAUUAUGACUAUUGGUGACGCAGCACACAAAUUCGAACCAUUGACUGGACAAGGAGGCAAUAAUGCAAUUGAAACUGCGGCAUCCUUGGCCAACCAUUUGAUCUCGUCUUUGAAGAAAAAUGGCUCAAAUGACUUAUCAACAACGGAAAUUGCAUCUAUUUUCGAGAAAACCCAGCGAGAACGUGAGGACCGUGCUUGGUCUCUUGUCAAGCAGUCGCAUGCCAGACAGCGCAUGGAAUGCAUGGAGACUCCUGUGUUGAAAUUUGUCGCCAGAUACGUCGUCCCGUAUAUCCCGAAAAGCGUGUUGACAGAUCGAUGGGUCGACACAUAUGCUUCGGGUAUGUCCUUGAACAUGCUUCCAGCUCCCGAGAAGGCCCAUAAAAUUCCAUUCUUCGACGAAUUGCUCAGAGCCCCAUCUGCUCGUGGAUCGUUUGUAUACCUCUUGUACACCAUCUUUGCGGCCUUGGCAGUAGUUGCAUUUCAACUACUGUUCGCAGCUGGUAAGGUGAAUGGUACUUGGUCUUUGGUCCGAGCAGCAGUCGUCAAUCGUUCAAUUGACGACCUGAGUGGAAGCUUGCGUGAGUCCUAUACAGGUGUAGCAUCCAUUGACAAAAUUCUCACCACACUUGUGUCGAUAUUUCACCCGGCGAUUACCAGCCCGCACCAGGAGCAGCCAUUGCAGCUGCUAUAUUUCUUGUCGUCGAUGCUGCCUCUCAUUGCAAUUUUUACCAUCGAGGGAUAUCGACAGAAGAACAGGUGGUCGAUGAUAGCAAGUCCAAGCAUUUGGGGUAUUUUGUACCAACUGCGCGGAAUUGGAUUCAUCGCGCCACUAUACUUCGCUGCCGGCGUUUUUGUCUCGCGGAAAACCGCAUUCCUCCUGCUACCGGGCCGAGAAGUACCCGCGGCCAAGUUCAUUCUCCCAGCGCUCAUACUUGGAUUCGUAGUGCCCACCAUUCUGCUCUUCUUUCCUUUCAAUGACCCCAAGAGCCUACAAGUCGUUAUUGCGGCCUGGCAGCCGGCACCUGCACUGGUCUCUUGCUUCACCUAUGUCUUCGCAAAGAUUGCCAACAUGGUAAAGAGAUCAAGUGAGCACAGCCAAAAGUCGCAGGGGGAUGACAUAUUUCACUUGCGUGCGAUUUAUCAAACAACUGGAACUAUCGCAGCCUGCAUCCAUCUAAGUGUCGUCAUUGGCUGUGUCAUUUCAAGGGAAACUUCGUUGAUGCAGAUAUUCAUUCCUAAAGACUCAUUCGCUCAAGUGGAAACGUUGGCCGAUGGUGUUUUUGUGUUCUUCCAGAAUGACUUCCUUCUCGUGACAGCAGCUAGCUUCAUCUGGAGUUUGGUGAAUAUUGCCGAUCUCCACAGAUCAGGACUAUCAAAUGUUCAUUGGAAAGUUGGACUCGGCUACUUGUUGGCCGGGUUUGUGUUCAUUGGACCAGGUGCCAGUGCUGCGGCCUUGUGGUUCUGGCGCGAAGAAGUGAUGAGCCGGAGAAAGGCAAACAAAUGA